CUCCUAAGCGGUUCCGUGACCCGCCGACGCUCGUUUCAAAUCAUCGCGCUUCUCCCCCUGACUCAGGACUCUUCAGUUAUUGACGCCGGAUUACGAACGAUUUUCUUGGAGUCUAUAGACGCAAUUCGACGACACAUCGGUUUGACACGAUAUUGAGAAAGUCGAUUUGUUCUCUGACUAUCGGGAGUCGACCAUAAUACAUUCAGACGAGCGUCAGCGCAACCGGACAUCAUGUCCAUCGCAAAGGACGCUUUCUUCGUGGGGCCCGCCACGCGACAGAAGAAAAGAAUACGAUUAAUCCUAAUAGCGACUAUAGCAGCCCUUUUCUUCUUCUUUUCUUAUAACUUCUCCAGACGCCGGGUACAAUUUAUCCCUUCAGUCUCCGGCUACGACCAUGACGAACAUACCGGAUCGGUCGCCAAACCUCCGUCACUCACAGCCGGAGCGGGAACAUGCAACAUCGAUACCGGUGUUGUGGAGAGAUAUGGUUUGACCGGAGAUGUCAAAUAUUCCCGCCGUGAGAUUUAUGUUACCCUUACCGACAAGGAAGAAAUACCGAUCACGACCAAAAUGGAUGUGAACCUUUUUGAUGAACGCCCUACGUCCUUGUCGUCCAAUGUCCAAACUACCGUUAACUGCUCGGAACCGAUUACCGUCCGAGUUCCUCCCUCGUUACCUUUCAGAGAUGCCUCACAUAUCGACUUUGCAAUUUCCACGAAUAUGGAGAGAUUGAUGGACUCAAUGGAUGCCUUUUCGGUCUGGGCAGGCUAUACAAACACCCGAUUCUUGGUCUUUAUUGAGCCUGGUGCGGAUCAGAGAAAGGCACAGCGGAAGGCUAAGAGUCUUGGAUUGAACAUUGAGCUUUACGAGUCCGACGUUGACUACGAGAACCGAUAUUCGUUGCUGGUGAAGCUCUUGGCUGAUCAUGCCCGUCCCGAAACCAGAUGGUUCUGUAUCAUGGAUGAUGACACUUUCUUCUUAUCCAUGCCUCGACUUUUGCACAUGUUGGGCAAAUACGACGACACGAAGCCUCAUUAUAUUGGCACCGUGACUGAAAGCGAUAGUCAACUGUCUAUGUUUGGAAUUUUCGCCUAUGGAGGAGCUGGAAUGUUCUUCUCCCGCCCUUUGAUGGAUGAACUAGGUCGGAUCUGGGACGAGUGUGACGCCGGUACCGAUCACGGAGAUGGAAAGAUUGCUCACUGUGUCUAUCAAUACACUCGCACCAAGCUUGAAAUGGAGACCGGGCUCAACCAAUUAGAUUUGAUGAACGAUGCUUCGGGAUGGUUCGAAGCUGCGCGCUCUAUCCCAGUUUCUCUUCAUCACUGGAAAUCAUGGUUCUCUGCAGACGUUGUCAAGAUGACCGCCGUCCGCGAUGUCUGCGGCACCAACUGCGUGCUUCGCCAAUGGAGAUUCGCUGAUGGAUGGGUUCUGACGAACGGUUACUCGGUUAUUCAUCACGGAGCCAGUAUAUCAGAUGACUAUGGCGCUUUCGCCAUGGAAAAGACGUGGGAUGACCUCAACGGCUCUACUGACGAGUCCUUCGUGCGUACAUUAGGUCCUCUCCGGUCAAAGGAAGCAGACAAGAUCUCACUCCGACUUGAGGACGCCAUUGUUGAAGGAGGCCAGUUCGACAAUUCUACAUUCGCCGCGUUGAGGGAGGCGACGAAGUACUGGAACUUGUUUGGCGGUUAAACAACUAAUUAACCUUUUGACCGUACUCAAUUCGCUGUAUCAUCGAUUCCCGGCGUUUUUAUAAUUAUUAUCUUUACGACCAUUUCAAUCAUAGACCGGUUAUCGUGAAUUGAAUUCUCCGUACAAUCGAUUCUCCUUUUUUAUAUGCUGCUGUUUGGAUCGAUUACUCAAAAAACCUCGAGUUCGAUAACAUGACUAUCGGAAUUUCCUUUUCACAAUGAUGAUUGUCUCUUAAUUCACUCAAAACAAACAUCCUCGAUACCGUUUCAUUUCUAAAUCUUUGUCUUCAUGUCGAUUCGGAGCAGUUGAGGUCUGGGUUUGCGUUUCACGGGGAUAUUGGGGUUAGCUUGAGUGUUCUAUGUACUGUAUAUAUUUUGUCUCUGUCUUGGGGCUCCACUGAACUUGAUGACACUUGUGUUCAAUUCAGGUUCGAAAACGAAUAGGAGCUUUCUUUUACAUUGUUUAUCAUGUCAUGAAUGUAUGGUAUGUCUCUGGGGUUCCGGAGGCAAGUAAACUCUGACUUGAUGAACGUGGUCAUGCCUACACCAUAGAACUAGAACAAUGAAUUAGAGGCCGUUUAUAACACAUCUAAAUGGCUUGGACAAUACUACCCGAUUCCAAAUUGUGUACACCGC